UGCUUUUUCCCGCCCCCAGCCUCCUCCCCAAUUUCAGCAGCAUCAACUGUGACCUGCUCCCUUGAAGGUACCAUUUGGUUGAAGUCUCAGUUUUACCAUCUGUACAAUGGGCCGAAUGGACGCCCAGAGACUGGACUGUUGGAAGGGUUAAGGCCACGAUGCUUAUGGACCCCUUGGAACGAGGAGACUCCAGAAGCAGGGCCUAGUGGGCGCAGCACUCUACUGUGGUUGGAGACCUCGGGCAGCUUGAACACUCCAGUGCAGAUGGCUGUUGGGGGGAUGAAGGCUCUGCACCCAAGGCCUCGCAGCCGGGCCAAGGCGUCUUACGUGGACGAGACACUGUUUGGAAGCCCAGCAGGUGCCCGGCCCGCUCCGCCAGACUUCGACCCUCCCUGGGUGCAGAAAGCCCCUCGAAGCACAGGAGGGAGCCUGGGAGCAUCCCCAAUAUCCCCUUCCUCCAGGGGCAGCACCCCCAGCAUCACCCCUAGGAAGAAGAACAAGUACAGGCUCAUCAACCACACGCCCUCUUAUUGCGAUGAGUCCUUGUUUGGCUCCCGCCCUGCGGUCACCAGUUGCAAGACCCCAUGGAUGGCCAAGGGGGACGCUGCGAAGCUCCAUGCCCUCAUCUGGACCCCCCCAGCCACCCCUCAGGGCAGCCACCCGCCCCACCCCAGGGAGAACCCACUGCCCGCAGUUCAUCCCAUCACUCCCUCUCGGGCAGAGCCCAGGGUGGCAUCUGCCCCCAGGCUGGGCUCUCCCUGCCCUUCGGGGAGGGCCCGUUCCCACUCCCUCACUCACCUCAAUGGCCAUGGGGGGCGGCCCUUGGCACCCCCUGCAAAUGGGCCUCGGGGUCCCAAGCCUUCCCCAUCCCCGGUGACCUUCCGGACUCCCCUGGUUACUCCCAGGGCUCAUUCUGCCAGUGUCUCAGUGCCAGCCACCCCCCGUCAAGGCGGAACCACCCAGAAUGCAAAACCCCCUUGGAAAUGAGGUCUGAGCCCUCCCCCUGGGGAGGGGGUCAAAGUGGGGUGUGGCCCCACAUUCUGACAGACUUGGUGCAAACUGCUCUACACGUGUGGAUUUGAGAGCACCCAGUCCUCAAAUCACAGGCACUGGUUGUAUGGUGCCUGGGGAGCUUCUGGGGAGACCCUGUUCCUUUCCCAUCCUGCAGUCUGCACAGCCCCAGGCCCCACUUCCGGCCCAGGAGGUGUUUCCUGCAGAAGCUGGAGGCAUCUCGUUUCCCUGUCUAAUCAGUGUCUUUAUCUUAGGGUAUUAAAUAUAUUUACAGACAACA